GAAGGGGCCAGCCUUCGAGUGACAGCGACGCAAGAUGGCAGCCACCACGGGCUCGGGAGUAAAAGUCCCUCGCAAUUUUCGACUGUUGGAAGAACUGGAAGAAGGCCAGAAAGGAGUAGGAGAUGGCACAGUUAGCUGGGGUCUAGAAGAUGACGAAGACAUGACACUUACAAGAUGGACAGGGAUGAUAAUUGGGCCUCCAAGAACAAUUUAUGAAAACCGAAUAUACAGCCUUAAAAUAGAAUGUGGACCUAAAUACCCAGAAGCACCCCCCUUUGUAAGAUUUGUAACAAAAAUUAGUAUGAAUGUAGUUAAUAGUUCUAAUGCAGUGGUGGACUCAAGAGCCAUAUCAGUGCUAGCAAAAUGGCAGAAUUCAUAUAGCAUCAAAGUUGUCCUGCAAGAACUCCGGCACCUAAUGAUGUCUAAAGAAAACAUGAAACUCCCUCAGCCGCCCGAAGGACAGUGUUACAGCAAUUAAUCAAAAAGAAAAACCACAGGCCCUCCCCCUACCCCCCUCCCAUUCGAUUUAAGCAGUCUUCAUUUUCCACAGUAGUAAAUUUUCUAGAUACGUCUUGUAGACCUCAAAGUACUGGAAAGGAAGCUCCCAUUCAAAGGCAAUUUAUCUUAAGAUACUGUAAACGAUA